AUGCGUCUGUGGCGCAGCCUUAAACGGACCUUCCAGUCUUCGUUUUCGUCCGAACCCAAGGACCUUAAGCCCAAUGUCAAUAACUGUUCAGCUGCACAUUUUGCUGAACAGAGUUCAACAGUAUCUGAGCAACCAGCGGCAAAACGAGCACUCUUGAGUCCACCUGAUGAACUUGAACGGAAUGUUGAAUCGGGAUCAAACUUAGCCCCUCUUCUUUCUUUAAGGCAGCUUCUCACGUGCAACGUGUGCUUUGAUUUUGCCAAACAAGCAAAUCAGUGUGCUAAUGGACACCUCAUUUGUAUUCCUUGCUGCUCACGACUUGAACAAGUCUCAUUUACUACAAGCGACGGUAAGGCAUCUUGCUCGUGUCCAGUUUGUCGUGUUUCACUACGAAAUUCUGGCGAUGGACGUGGAAUGCAGAGGUGCUUGCUGGCUGAAAAGUUGGCCGCAGAACUUCCUGUUAGAUGUCGUCACUGCGAGGCUCUCUGUCCAAGAAAAUUGAUCGAUGUUCACCAGCGUGUUUUGUGCGGACGCCGGCCAGUAGGUUGUAAAUACGCUUGGCUCGGCUGUGACUGGAGGGGAUUUUCAUGCGAGCUAGAAGACCAUGUGGCGCAUUGUGAAGCCCUGGAACUAAGGACCGCAGACGUUGUUGACGAAGUUAGUCAGCGGAUGAAUGACAUUUUUUCUGGUGUAGCCAUUCGUCUACAUCCCUGGCGGGGUCUCCUGCAAAUGCUGGAAGAUAGGCAACAGCUGAGAUUCGGCAGACGAUUUCACUGUGGCCUGAGAAUGGCCCUUCUUCCAAUUAGCCUUGAUCGAGUUCCUGGUCAAAAAAAGGACGUCACAUUCAAAAGCCCAAUCGCAUGCAUACCUUUAAUGACACUUGAUAUACAUCUUACUGAAUCCACAUCUACGUCCACCGCCUCAUCGUGUGAGGCUGCAUACAGAAUUGAAAUACAGAAGUCGACUGUGCGGCCAUGUUUAUCAAAAGUAACUACAGAUCAGAAUCUAAUUGUUAAUCCAAUAUACUUCUCCCUAAUCAGUCUCAAGACCGAAUCUUCCUAUGAUUGUGAGGAAGGAGUCGAUCUAAUUGAUCCUUGGCAUCGGUUCAUAGACGACGCGGACAAUGCUUUAGACAAAAGUGACGCCGACGUUGACACAACAGAAAAUACUACUACUAAUCGAAAUCGGUACCGCAUUUCAACAAUGCUGGGAAAUGAUUACAAUUAUCUCAUUGGAAGUAUAUCUAGUAGCCGAGGGUGUUCAGAGUGGAUAUCAGCGGAGGCGCUGACAUGUAGAGACAGCCUACAUGCGGUUCUUGCUUUUGCGAUGGACCCAUCUCUGUUUGUUACGAAUGAGAAGAAGAAAAGCGAUCCAUCGAGUCAGCAUGAAAUCAAUGGGAGUGAAGAUAGCAGUAGCGAAUCGGCAAUUUCUACUGAAGAUGAAGAAGAAGCUGAAGACGAUGAAGAAGCUAAUGUCACCUAUCUACUUGCUGAAAGUAUCCUCACAAAUCAAACAAGGGCUCCAGCAGCCGAAUCCAACUCCUCAGAACCAUGCCCAACAGUACAGACAGGAAGUUGA